AUGUUCAGGGCACUCUAUGAAAAGGCAAGACCGUCUAAGGAUGGGCUUGAAACAAACAGCUCUCAGGGUGAUUCUGAAACCGAAGGUUUUCUAUCAUCGCGGGAUACAUCUACAACAGAUCCAGACUGGGUAACCAGAUCGUGGAACAGUGCAUUGCUCUGGAGGAUCACCACGGGUUUCUUGGCUUUCGCGUUAUUCAUCUCGAUAUUUGAAGGCUGGAAAAUUGGCUUCAGGAAUGAUUACGAGACUGGGUUCAGAACUGAGCUUCAACCUGCAACGUCGGCCAUCAAAAUUCACAAGAAGAAAUUCUGGGGUGGGAUUAUCGUGAAUGACACAAAUCAGUUCGAGGUGAUUCUAGACCCAAACGAUAAGCGCUACACCGGUCACCCAACCCCUCAGCUAGAUGAAAAUUGGGAUAUCCUGGUUGGUGGAUAUGUACCUCUUACGAGGCAAGAGGCCGCAGAUAUCGAGGGUGGUGUCUCAGGGGAUGAUGGAAAAUUCAAUGUCGUCCCCACAGUACGACACAAUCUCCAUUGCCUGAAUUAUCUUCGAAAGGUUGCUUAUGACAAGUGGUAUCCCGUAAUUCACGAGGAACGAGAUAACAUUCCCUUGUUUACGCAGCACGUUGACCAUUGUGUUGAAACACUCAGGCAGAGCCUUCAGUGUAGUGCCGACUUAACGCCAGUCCCUCACAUGUGGGCUGAAGGAAAGCAGAUGUUUAUAGCUAAUACUAUGCUAGAACACACUUGUAGAGACUACCAGGCUAUCAUGGACUGGCAAGAUAGCCGGGAGGGUUCAUGGACCAUUGCAGAUAAUCACUAA